AUGGGAAAUCUUCCGCAUUCGAGAGUGACUUCAUCUCCUCCCUUUACUUCGUGCGGAGUUGAUUUCGCUGGACCUUUCUUCACGAGGGCGUCAAAAGUAAGGGGAGUUGCGAAGACCAAAAGCUAUAUCGCUAUAUUUGUCUGUUUCAGCACGAAAGCCGUACAUAUGGAACUCGUCAGUGAUCUUACAAAAGAAACUUUUCUAGCUGCGUUCAAAAGAUUUAUAUCACGCAGAGGAAAACCAGCCAACAUAUAUAGUGAUAAUGGCACAAACUUGGUUGGUGCGAAGAACGUACUAGAAAAGGAAUUGAAAAAGGCGACAAAAGAUGCAACCGAAAAUGCAUCAAGAUAUGCAGCUGAGGAAGGGAUACAAUGGCAUCUAAUCCCACCAGCAGCUCCUCAUUUUGGUGGAUUAUGGGAAGCUGCAGUAAAGUCAGCGAAGAAACACUUGAAGAUAGUGUUGAGGGAUACAACUCUUUCGUAUGAGGAAUUCACGACAGUCCUAACACGCGUAGAAGCGGCCUUAAACUCAAGGCCAAUUUCCCCGCUGUCUAACGAUCCGAACGAUCUUUCUGCCCUGUCGCCGGGACACUUCCUCAUCGGAAGGCAAAUCUUGGCCCCGCCCGAAGACGAAGUGGAAGAGGAAGAACCACUUAGACGUUGGAAAAAAGUUACGAGGCUGAAUCAGUCCUUAUGGAAAAGAUGGUCUCGUGACUAUUUACAGCAUUUGCAGCAGCGCUACAAAUGGCAGAGACUGAAAGAGCCUGUGGAUAUAGGAGACUUAGUUCUUAUCACGGACGGAAACAUACCUCCUCAACGAUGGUCAUUGGCAAGAGUCAUUAGAAUCCAUCCAGGAUCUGAUGGUAUUAACAGAGUGGUGGAUUUGAAGACUAAGGAUAGGGAAAAAAGACGUCCAAUCACUAAGACAGCGAAGCUUCUGAUUGAUCAGAAGCCUGAUCGGACAGACUCUGAUUUUAGACAAACCCCUUGUUCACGCGAAAAAGACAUAUCCUAA